AUGAUUAUCCCAUUGAAUGUGAGUGAUAACAGCAAACCCGGCGAUGAUUUGUUGUCUUCCUGCAAAUUCGCUGGUGACUGCCAGGCGAUUCUUCGAGAAGACGGCAGUAUUCAUUGUACAGAUAUGAAACUGAGUGAUAUAUGUGGCGCUUUGAAUUUCCCCGUUACUAACUGGCACGAUCUUACGAUCAUGCGACUAUCGAUACGUGGAUGUUCGUUGUGGUCAAAGUCGACGUUAAAGAUGGAACUCUCCAAAGUGUGGUACAAAGACGCCGAGGACCACUUAUGUGCUGAGCCCAUUCUAGUGAACAAGCCUGAUUAUUCGAAAGAAGAUGAA